CAAUACCAGUGUCACUUCCUCAAUCUUACACAUGCUGUGUCUCUCUGUCAGACAGUUGUGUUUCUCUCCAUGACAGAUAGACUGCUCUCUAUUAAUGGAAAUGAGGGUUUUUCUGCUCACUCUAUCAGUGUUGUUGGCUUUCAUAAGGGAAUAUGAAGGAGAAAAAAUAACAGUUUCUCAUUUCCCAAAGUUCCCAUUUGUGUAUGUUGGAGAUGAUAUUUCUCUGACAUGUAAUGGCAACGGUGAACCGAUAAAAUGGUAUUUCAAUGAUAAACUUCAACAAUCACAUAACGACUCCUCAAUGCUUUUGACUGCGUUAACACCAGAAAAUAAUGGACGGUACCAUUGUGAGAGGAAUGGAGUCCAGAGUGAUCCGUACCAGCUAACAGUUUUGGAAUUGGAGCCCCAUGCACAGCUCUCUUUAUCUACAGGAGGUGCUGUGGUUGUUAAAGGUGAUGGGAGAACUCUAGUACUGCAUGUAGAUAAUAAACUGAAAGGGUGGAAGUGUUUUGCAUCAAGGUUUGGGGAAGGUUCUAGCUUCAAGCUAAGCAUUGAUCCCGACAAAGAGAUGCAGAGGGGUUUUGUUUUCGCAGAACUGAAAGAGGCCAAAAGAGCCUCCUUCUGGUGCCUGAAUCGGAAUAUCACACAUCGAAGCAAUGCAGUCACGCUAAAAAUGACAGAGAGCAAAGUGAUGUUGGAGCCUCCGGCCACACCUGUGAUGCGAGGGGAGACAGUUGCUCUCAGGUGUGUGGUGUGGGGAGGGGGAAAAGUCGAACAAGCUGUCUUCUAUCAGAAUGGAAAGAAAAUCGACACAAUAAAUGAUGACACUUACACCAUCACCCACACCACACAAGAAAAUAACGGCCAGUACAGCUGUCAUGCCACCUACAGGUACAGCCACAUCAGUCAACAAGCCGCACAGCAGGAAGGCGAUUCUGAUCCACAGGAGUUAAAAGUCAUGGUUACAGGUGGCCCUCCUGUUCCAUCAGUGUCCCUGAAAUCCAGUAAUAUUCUGCAGUGUAAUUGCCCUCAGUGUCAUGCCAACUGCACGUCAUACCACUGGUAUCACACACCAUUUUAUGACUCAAUAAUACACACAAUACAACCUAAAACCAGCCAGAAUCUUUAUAUAACUGAAGAAGGACUGUACAGCUGCCGAGUCAAUUGCGGAAACGGUUUUUCAUGUUUCAGCAAGGCUUACAGCCACAAAGUGUCAGCGGGUGGAGGCGGGAUCAUCAUUGCACUGACGGCGUUCCUGAUUAUUCUUGGUGUGUUGAUCAUUGUGCUGGUUGUGCUGAAACGCAGAAAACGUGGAGAAAGUCGUAAACAGGCAGUUGGAGGGGGUAAAGACGACAGAAAGAAGCAGUCGGAUGGAGAUUAUGAACAGAUACAUCUUACCGAUCAAGCAGUUUACCACACCCUGAGUGAGGUCACUGGUCAGGACAAGGUUGAGGGGGGCUACGAGCCCCUAAAAAAACAGGAGGAUGCAGUGUACCACACAUUGGAACCCGGUGAGGUUCAAAGUCAAGGCCAGGGUGAGGGUCAGGGUCAGGGUCAGGGUCAGGGUCAGGGUGGGUAUGAGGCUCUUAAGAAUGUCAAAGCUGAGGUGUACCACACACUGGGACCUGGCGAGGGUGAAAGUCAGGGUCAAGGUGAGGGUACAGGAAAAGCAGCUGAUUAUGAGGUCAUGUUAGUGGAGGACAAUCCAUAUGAAGAACUGAAAGGCGAAAAACAGGAGAAGAAACAAACGAGUAAAAAAAGUAAAGAGUAAAGGCUAGGGUAUACUUCGCUUUUCUGCAUGCCAUUUUGUCUCGUGCAUGGUCAAGCACUCAGACUACUCUUUUGACCCAGAGCCCAUUCGGAUGCAUUGAACGCAUGCACACUACAACUGCUGCGUGAUACUCUUUUAGAAGGGGCCGACUGUCCGCGGAUAGUUCAUGCGUACUGUGCUGAUGAGAACAUUUGAGACGCACCGACAUGCAGAAAACUGAAGUACACUUUGGCCUUGAGAAAGGGAACUCACUGAGAGCGCAAGAAAAGGAAGGAAGAGGAACAAAAUUAUUGCAGCAACAUUUAAGUUCACAUGAAAUCAAAAUUAACUUUCUGUUACAAUUCAUCAGUGCACGAUAUUCCAAAGAAAAACAUUUUUGUUUUCGUAAACCUUUAAUAUAAGGGUAAUUCUCAUCAAACUGAGCUUGAGCCAUUGCAGUGAGGAUUUUUACAUAAAAAUAAAUAUACAAUUAUUUUCUGAAAGUUGUACACAGUAGAUAUGCAUGUGCUCCAACAUGCACAUAAAUAUUACAAAGAUUUUCAUUUUUAUUUUAUUGAAGAAUUUUCUGCUUAAUUUCUCAUUAACACAAAGCAUCCAGCUUCAAAAGUAGGACCAUUAAAAUUAGUAUAAACAAAGUUAACAAUAAAAAAUAAAAAAAAAUAAUAAAAAAAUUAAUAAAUAAAUAAAAAUAGUUUAUCUGACACUUAACAAUAUCUUAAACAUUUACACAGCCAAGAAACUUUUAACAAUUAUUAAAUGCCAAUUCUGAUCCUUUAUCCUUUUGGUUUAAUCUGAAAAACAAACACACACCCACACACACACCCACACACACACACAUACACACACAUACACACACAUACCCACACAAACACACACACACACACACACAUACACACACAUACACACACAUACACACACAAACACACACACACACACACACACACACACACACACACACACACACAUACACACAUACACACACACAUACACACAUACACACAUACACACACACACACACACACACACAGACACACAUUCACACACAAACACAUAUACACAAACACACACAGACACACAUACACACACACACUCUCACACACACACAGACACACACACACAGACACACAUAUACACACACACACACACAUACACACACACAAACA